CAGAGUCUUUCCUUCAUGCUUAUCGAACCAUACUUAGAAUUGGCCUUUGGAUUUUCUCCUUACAGGUUUAUUGCCAAACCCUGUGCUCUCCAUGUUGGCAUCCAGGACAGUGGUCCUUAUCAGGCCCAAUCCAAUGCUAUCCUUGAAAAAGUGUUCAUAUCUAUUACCAAGUACCCUGAUGAGAGCAGGCUGGAGGGCCUGUCAAAGCAACUGGAUUGGGAUGUCCGAAAAAUCCAAUGCUGGUUUCGCCAUCGAAGAAAUCAGGACAAGCCCCCAACGCUCACUAAAUUCUGUGAAAGCAUGUGGAGAUUCACUUUUUAUUUAUCCAUAUUCUGCUACGGAAUUAGCAGAAUUUGGUCGACACCUUGGUUCUGGGACACCCGACAGUGUUGGCAUAGCUAUCCAUAUCAGCCUCUCACUAGUGGGCUUUAUUACUAUUAUAUCAUGGAAUUGGCCUUCUAUUGGUCUCUUAUGUUUUCUCAGUUUACAGACAUUAAAAGAAAGGACUUCUUGAUCAUGUUUAUGCAUCACUUGGCCACUAUUGGGCUCAUCACCUUCUCCUACAUCAACAACAUGGUCCGGGUGGGAACUCUGGUCAUGUGUCUACAUGAUUCCUCAGACUUCUUGCUGGAGGCAGCCAAGCUGGCCAAUUAUGCCAAGUAUCAGAGGCUCUGUGACACCCUUUUUGUGAUCUUCAGUGCUGUGUUUGUGGUUACUCGUCUGGGGAUCUAUCCAUUCUGGAUUCUGAACACGACCCUCUUUGAGAGUUGGGAAAUUAUCGGGCCUUAUCCCUCCUGGUGGCUCUUCAAUGGCCUUCUCCUGACCCUACAGGUUCUGCAUGUCAUCUGGUCCUACCUAAUUGUGAGAAUUGCUUUCAAGGCCUUGAUCCGAGGAAAGGUGUCUAAGGAUGACCGCAGCGAUGUGGAGAGCAGCUCAGAGGAAGACGACGUGACCACCAGCACAAAACGCCCCUGUGGCAGCAGCUCCCACAAUGGUGCCAAUCGGGUGAAUGGUCACAUGGGCGGCAGCUACUGGGCUGAAGAGUGAGACGGUUGGUAUGGGGACUUCGGCACACAUGGACUUGCAGGGCCACUGGCCGCCUACUCUUCUCAGGCCUCCCCUCACCUUGACCAGGGGAACUCCAAACACUGAGGAGAAUCAAGCAAAUCUUUUCACUUAAAACAAAAACAACUCUGCCAUUUUGUAUUUAAUAGCCUCCGGUCCUUUUAGUAAUGGUGUGUGUGUGUGUGUGUGUGUGUGUGUGUGUGUGUGUGUGUGUGAAGUUCAUCGCCUGGCUAGGGGCAGAUUUCUGGACUGGUCCACCAGGGCUUUGAGUGGUCCCCAUUGCCCUAACCUCAGCCCCAGAUUCUGUCUGCCUCCUGAACAGUGCUGGCUUGGGACUAGCCCCUCCCUAUUGCCUAUGGACCGUCUGAAUGAAGCAGCCAAGUCCAGCUUCAGGUUUCUGCACUGUUUCUCCCUCGGAACUGGAGCCUGUCACAUGACGAAGUUGUAUAGAAACAGAGAAUCAUGGAUGGAUGGAUGGCCAGGACUGCUGUGGCCCCUAGCUGGACCCCCUGCCUACCAUGUGGUAGUGACAGGGACAGCUGCUGAGACCCUGCUGCUUUACUCAAUGGUACACAGGGAGGGGCUGGGAGAAGUGCGGGCGAGGGGAAGACAACAGCCACUGGGUGAGCUGUGAACGGUUUUAUACUGUUGUUUACUCUUCUGUGAUUAAAAGUGCUUCACCCUUCC